AUUUAUGUUAUUGUUUUCGUAUCGGUCUGAAAGUAUGUUUAAAUUUUCUCUCCGUGAUGGUAAAUAAGAAAAACAUUAUAUAACAAAAAUGAUAUAAACAUUAGUGAAGCAAAUUAAUGCAUAUCUGCCUUUAUAAGUAUCAGUUUAAAAAUGGAUAGUUUUGAAUGGGUGGAAAUAAUUGAACCAACUAAACAAGAACACAUGUUUGCUAAUGUUAAAACAGGCCAGUGUAUGUGGGAACCACCAGAAGGUGUAAGCGUAAAACCAACCCAUGCUAACCAAUGGUGGGAGCUUUUUGAUGUAGUCACAGAAAGAAAUUAUUACUAUAAUGCAACAUCUCAGAAAACAGUUUGGCGAAAACCAAAAGAUGGCGAUAUCAUACCUUUAUCAAAUCUUCAAAUGUUAAAGGCUAAAGAAGCUUCUCAAAAGUUGUUGAGCAAAUCAUCUUCAGCUGGCAAUGUAAGUGAGGAACCUGCUUCUAGCUUUUCAAACCAGUAUGAAAAUUGUGAUUUAUCAAAAUGUAAUCAAUAUGUCGUUCCACAAGUAGAUGCAUCAUCAAACAGUAAACAAGAUAUAAAUCACUAUGAAAAUGUUGUCCAUAUUGCGUCUGAAAAUCAUCAGUCGGGUGAAAAUAAGUUAAGUAAAAAACAGUCAUCUGAUUUAAUAAUAAAUGAACAUUCUGAAACUCAAAACAUGGAAACUGUCAAGAAUGAAAAUCUUGAUCUUUCCUCAACACAAAAAGUUUCUAAUUCAUUUCGUUCUAAAGCUCCUCCAAAGCCUCCACGCUGUGAUAAGUCACUUUUUAAUUCAAAUGAAGGUAUAAUUUCAAACUCAUCUGAUAGCAAUGACAGAUGUGUUUCCAACGUUGCUGCUGAUUCUAAGCCUAUGAAGCGUCAAAAUUAUUAUAAAUCAACAUCUCUUGUGCCAUCUGUUGAAUCCUCUGUUGAAAUAAACAAUGCUAAAGGACGGACUUUUUCAAUGUCUGAUAAAUUUUCUCCCAGGUUAUCUCAACAUACUGAACAAGAAAUACUGUUAAAUUUGUCUAGUUCAGAUAUUAAUGAUGAAAACUGUUAUUCUAAUAAGGUCCAUACAUUUUCAAGUGUUCCAAGUGCACCUCCUCCACCUGAUUUAAUGAAUAGUGCAAAGUAUCGCCAAAUUUUGCAAAAUAACACUUUAUCUGUAUAUGACAAUGUAUCUUAUGAUGAGACAGACUUAAACAAUGUUUUAAAUAGAAAAGAUAAGAAUUUCGAAUGUCAAUACAUAGGAUGCUAUCAUGGUCAAAGUCGCCCAUUAAAAAACCGAUGGUUCUUACUCGUGACAAGCGCCUUCGCAAAGAAGCUGUAGAAGUUUUCAAAUUAAUACUGCAAUAUAUGGGAGAUAAAUCAACUCGCAAAACACCUGAAAGUUUAUCUGUGGAGAUAACCACUAAAGGUUGGAGUAUGCCAUUAUUACGUGACGAAAUUUAUAUUCAACUUUGUAAGCAGACUACUGGAAAUAAUAAAGUAGCAAGUUUAACACGAGGUUGGGAGUUAAUUACAUCGUGUCUAUCAAUUUUUCCGCCUUCAAGCAAGUUUCAUGCUUACUUAGAAGGAUAUAUUUACAGACAUCUGGAUCCCGAAGAAAACCAUACAACGGUGCGUUUAGAUUUGUAUGCAAAGCAUUGCUACAAACAACUAGAAAGAAUUUGUCAAACUGGUGCAAAACGUGGACUGAAAGGACCAACAAUAGAUGAAAUUAAAUCUGCCAUUAAACGGGUCUUUAACCCUUCAAUGUUUGGCAACACUCUAGACGAUAUAAUGGAAAUGCAAGCAGAACAUUUUCCUGAAAAUAGACUUCCUUGGAUAUUAACAACGCUGACUGAAGCUAUUUUGUUGCAUAAUGGUCUUCAGACAGAAGGAAUUUUUAGAGUUCCUGGUGACAUCGACGAAGUAAAUUCGCUCAAAAUUCAUGUUGAUAAUUGGAAAGUUCCAAUGCACAUGAACGAGCCUCAUGUGGCUGCUUCUUUACUAAAACUCUGGUUUAGAGAUUCUUAUGAACCCCUCAUACCACAACGGUUUUAUGAUCAAUGCAUACAUAACUGCGACAAUACAGAAGUGUGCUUAAAUAUAGUUAACUCGCUACCAGCUCUCAACAAAUUAGUAUUUAGUUACCUUAUUCGACUGCUUCAGGCAUUUAUGAUACCGACAAACGUUCAGUAUUCAAAAAUGGACGAAAACAAUUUAGCAAUGGUGUGGGCUCCAAAUUGUUUACGGUGUCCUUCAAACGAUCCUCGGGAAAUUUUCGACUGCACGCGCAAAGAAAUGGCGUUUCUUAGAACUGUUAUGAAAGCUCUGGACACUUCAUUUCUUGAAGGAGUUGUUUGAGAAAUAAGUUUGUUUCAACUGGUUUAUCUGGUUUAUUUCAACUGGUUCAUCUAAAUUUGUUGAUCAAAACCUCUCCAAUGUUUUAGUGAGCUUUUCUUUCUAAAACACCGUUUUGUAAUAAGGAUUUUUGGUUUAACGUUGUUUAAAUUGUGAAUA